UCUUAUAUACAUGCAGAUGAAUUCAAUUUUUUAAUACAUAAUCAAAAAAUAAAAUUUUUUUUUUAUCCGUUUUAUAGAAAUCUAUUUUGUGUCAAAUUCAACUUUAAAGAGUAGUGAAUAGAUGGCUGCACUAAAUAUGUGAUAAAAUCCUAAUAUUUGCUUAAUUUGUUCUAUUUUUAACUCACUCAAGGUCUUCUUUUACACUGUUUGGGUGUGAAUCGCUUUGAACCCGCAUCCGGAUACAAACUUAUUUGCAACAAAUUGACUUUUAACACUUUGUGAAAAAUGAUUGAUCCAACCAUGUUAACUCUUUCGGAGAAAGUAAAAAGUCACAUUACAACUUUCUUAGAAGAGAAUGGCCAAAAAAACAUAAAAAUAAAUAUAGAACCUGGAAGUAAUAUUGGGGACAAUUUCAUGGGGUUCAUUGGAAAACUCACAAUAACCACUAACGAUGAUAAAAACUAACCAAAACAAUUCAAUUGGAUCAUAAAAACAGCUCCAAAUUUAGAAAUGCAUCAAGCAGGACUAAACAUAAGUAGUUCAUAUUUAAGGGAAUCUUACAUAUACACUGAUGUUUUACCAACUUUGCAUCGAUUUCAAAUUGAAAAGGGAGUAGCAAACCCGUUUUGUGAACACCCAAAAUUCGUUUUAUCAUAUUUGGAAAACUUUCAUGAAAGUAUUGUAAUGGAAAACAUAAAGCUAAAAGGAUACGUGAUGAAAUGUCGCCAAGAUCCUUUAGAUUUGAAUCAUGUUAAAUUGGCGAUGAAAACUUACGCUAAAUUACAUGCUGUUUCUUUUGCUUUGAAAGAUCAAAAACCGGAUGUUUUUAAAAAACUGGCUGAAAACACUGUGGAUAUUGUAAAGAUUGCUAUCAGCAAUGAGGGUGUUCGCCAAAUACAAGCGAUGGGAUUGCAAUUCGCUUUUAGCGUUUUAGAUCCUAAAACAGACGGAAACGUUUUGAUUGCAUAUAAGAAAUUUUUUGAUAAUUAUUUGGAUGUUAUUAUUAAACUCUUAGAGGAUACUAAUGAGAGGGCUGUUAUCGGACAUGGGGAUUGUUGGGUUAACAAUUUUUUAUGGAAAUAUGAUUUACCAGAUUCGAAAAUUCCAACAAAUGUCUGCUUGAUGGAUUGGCAAAUGUCUCGCUGUGGUUCCCUAGCGUUUGAUUUAUCAUAUUUCAUGUUUACUAGCACCACAAAAGAAUUCAGAGAUGAACACUUUGAUAGUAUGAUAAAACUUUAUUAUUACACUUUGUGUAGUCAGAUAAUCGAAAUGGGAAGUGACCCAGAAAAACUAUUGCCAUUUGAAGCUUUGCAAGAUGAACUCAAGAAAUAUUCUUUGGUUGGGAUGUUUAUGGCAAUACCUUUAUUGGCUGUUAUUACUCGCGAUUUUACAGUGGCUCAAUUACCUGAAAUCAAAGCUGAAGAUAUGAAAGAUAUGAACAUUUCAGUUGAUAUGCAAAAACAAUGGCUUAUGGCUGGUGUGAAUAUUGAAGCAUAUUCUAAAAGAGUUAGGGAUGUUAUUAUUGAUGCUUAUGAAAAGGGGUAUUUGCAACAACUUUUUUAAUAAAAAAAUAUGAUGUAUUAUUUUUAUUGCUUUUAAUAAUCAAUGUAUUCUUGUAAUAUUGUUGUAAAUGUGCAUGUAUUUUUUCAUGAUUGAUGUAAUACACAAUGUAUCAAAUAAAUAAAAUCAUAUUUAAUCCUUA